UCGGGGCGGGGAGGGGGGGGGGGAACUGCACCGCGGAGAGUGACCUGGCCGGAGGGAGCGAAGACAAAGAGGCCGGAACCCGCACCCGCCGCUCCCUGAGCUGAGCUCCGCGCCCGCGAACCCCGCAGCACCCGGAUCUCCUGGCCGGCACCCGAGCUCGUCCUCAGGAGACCCAUGACUACUGCCCCCUCGGACUCCCUUUCCCCACCAACUCAGUGCAGCUCUCCCCAAGCCCACCGGCCCUCGCGUCAGGAGCCAAAACCAGCCUCUCCGGUUGGGAGGAUUCCCGUCAGUAGUUCCCGAAUAUUUGCUGAGCGGUCACUUCUGCUGUGAGGAAAAGCAAAGACCCAGUAUUUGAUCCAGAAAAAAACGCUUCUUACAGAGAGAGACUCAUCUGCAGGUGAUUCUUCAACGACAUGGGAAGAUAGGUGUAAGCCCGGGAACCCAGACCCUUAAGUGGAGGGAAGCUGCUUUCUGCUGCGAAUGAUGGCCAAACCCACUCUGAGAGGGAAUGGCACUAACUCGGAAGCCUUACGACAGCGCUUCAGGAAAUUUCAUUACCACGAGGUAGCUGGGCCCCGGGAGGCUUUCAGCCAGCUCUGGGAACUUUGUUGUCGGUGGCUGAGGCCGGAGGUGCGCACCAAGGAGCAGAUUGUCGAGUUGUUGGUGCUAGAGCAGUUCCUGACCAUCUUGCCUGGGGAGAUCCAGAAGUGGGCACAGGAGCAAUGUCCAGAAAGUGGAGAGGAGGCUGUGGCUCUGGUGGAAGAUUUAGAAAGAGAGCCUGGAAGACCUGGACGUUCGGUCACAGUCUCUGUGAAGGGGCAGGAAGUACGCUUGGAGAAGAUGACACCCCUGAAAUCAUCACGGGAGUUAUUAAGUGUUCGGCAGGAGUCAGUGGAACCUCAGUCCAGGGGUGUACCCAAGAAAAAGAGGGCAAGAAGCCCAGUCCUGGGACCACAGGAGCAGAUGAACACAAAGGAGAAGCUCAGACCUUUUCAAAGGAGCGGAUUUCCAUUUCCUAAAUCUGGUGUGGUCUCCAGGUUGGAGCAAGGAGAGCCUUGGAUCCCAGAUCUGGGCUCCAAGGAAAAGGAACUCCCAAGAGGCAGUCUCACAGGAGACAGACAAAUGCAUGCUGACCUGUUACCAUCCAGGAGAGAGAAAAGCAGCUGGGUGGGUCAGGAUCACUGGGGCUUUGAGGAUGAGAAGGUGGCAGGUGUGCACUGGGGCUAUGAAGAGACCAGAACUCUCCUCGCAAUUCUCAGUCAGACUGAAUUUUAUGCGGCUCUCCGAAACUGUCAUCGAAACAGCCAAGUAUAUGGGGCUGUGGCUGAGCGGCUCCGCGAGUAUGGCUUCCUCCGGACCUUGGAACAGUGUCGGACCAAGUUCAAAGGUCUCCAGAAGAGCUAUAGGAAAGUCAAGAGUGGCCACCCACCUGAGACCUGCCCCUUUUUUGAAGAGAUGGAAGCCCUGAUGAGUGCUCAGGUCAUUGCCCUGCCCAGUAAUGGCCUGGAAGAAGCACCCUCUCACUCUGGCCUGGCAAGCAGUGAUGCUGAGACUGAGGAGCCAGAGCCAGGGAGUUGGCAGCAUGAGGAGGGAGCAGAAGAGGUCACAGCGGAAGAGUCUGACAGUGAUGAAAUGGGUGAGAAAGCCACCCCCCAGGACCCCAACAAUUCGACUGCACCUGUCCUUUACCGAAGCCCAAGUGGUGUACACUGGGGCUAUGAAGAGACGAAGACUUACCUUGCAAUUCUUAGUGAGACUCAGUUUUAUGAAGCUCUCCAGAACUGUCACCGCAACAGCCAGUUGUAUGGAGCAGUGGCUGAGCGGUUAUGGGAGUAUGGGUUCCUUCGGACACCAGAGCAAUGUCGGACCAAGUUUAAAAGCCUACAGACCAGCUAUCGGAAAGUCAAGAAUGGCCAAGCACCAGAGACCUGUCCCUUCUUUGAAGAGAUGGAUGCUUUGGUGAGUGCUCGGGUUGCUGCCCCACUCAGUGAUGGCCAGGAAGAAGACAUAGCCUCUUGCCCCAUCCAGGAGACCAGUGAGGCUGAAACUGAGAAGCAAGCUGAGGAGGCAGAAGAGGCCUCAGAAGAUUCUGAGGAUGAUGAAGAGGAUACUGAGCUACCCCCGGGGGCUGUCAUCACGCGUGCUCCAGUCUUAUUCCAGAGCCCCAGUGGUUUUGAGGCUGGAUUUGAGAAUGAAGAGAAUCUAAAACGGGAUAUUUCUGAGGAAGUACAACUACAUAGGACAUUACUUGCAAGGUCUGAAAGGAAAAUUUGCCGGCAUCUUAAUCACGGUAAAGGCAGUGAGACUGAAUGUAGAUCAGGAAGACACUGGGAAAGAACCCCAGGAGAAAGAAGAAGAAAACCCACACUCCCAGAGAGGAGUUUGAAUAAAGUUUUAAGUCAUCAGAAACCUUACUUGGGAGAGAGACCCAAUAAAUAUCUUAGAUAUGGCAAAAGCUUUGGUCCAAACUCCCACCUCAUGCAUCAGAUAACCCAUCAAGUGGAAAAUCCAUAUAAAUGUGCUGACUGUGGAAAAAGCUUCAGUCGGAGUGCGCGCCUCAUUAGACACCGGAGAAUCCACACUGGAGAGAAACCUUAUAAGUGUCUUGACUGUGGGAAAUGUUUCCGUGACAGUUCAAAUUUCAUCACCCAUAGGAGAAUCCACACAGGAGAGAAACCAUAUCAAUGCAGUGAGUGUGGAAAACGUUUCAAUCAGAGCUCAAGCCUUAUAAUUCACCAGAGAACCCACACAGGAGAAAAGCCCUAUCAAUGUGAAGAGUGUGGAAAAAGCUUCAAUAACAGUUCUCAUUUUAGUGCACAUCGGAGGAUACACACAGGAGAGAGACCCCAUGUGUGUCCUGACUGUGGAAAGAGUUUCAGUAAGAGUUCUGAUUUGCGUGCACAUCAUAGAACCCACACAGGAGAGAAACCCUAUGGGUGUCAUGAUUGUGGCAAGUGCUUCAGUAAAAGCUCUGCUCUGAAUAAGCACAGAGAAAUCCAUACACGAGAAAAACUUCUGAAACAAUCAAUGCCUAAGUAAGCCACUGAGUAUCUAUUAAAAAAAAGUAAAAGAACCUCAAUAAAUGUUUUGAAAUUGUUUGCAAAGUCUUUCAAUGGUGGUGAGAUCCAUCUCCUAUCUGUGCUCAACUAGCUUAGGAAAUACUCUAGGAUUUACCCCACAGUGUGUUCCAUUUUCUCCUGGAUCAAAUUCCCAAGGCAGUCAUCUUAAGAAUGAAAGGAAGAUUUCAAUCCCGCUCCUGUUUCCUUAACAGAGACACAGUAGUAGAUCCUCUAACAUGUACCCUUCUUUACUCAUCCUGUUAUUCAGCAGCAUUUCAGAGAGAAGUUGUGAAACUUUUCUCAUUAAGUAGGUCUAGCUCUUUAUACAGUAAUGGGAAUACAAAAAGGAAUGACUCUUCCUGCUCACUUAAGCCUGUGCCCAGAAUGAAAUACAGAUGGUCCCCAAUUUACAAUAGUUCAACUUUGUGAUGGUGCGAAUAUGAUGCACAUUCAAUAGAAACUGUCAUCUAGGCUAAGCUUUGAUGUUUGGUAUGUUAAGGACAUUUUUAACUUACAAAUAUUCCACUCAUGAUGGGCUUAUCUGGACAUAGCCCCAUCGUAAGUAGGGGAGCCUUUAUAUUUGUCUUGCACACUCUUCAUUUGCCUUAAAGGAGAGUUAAUGUCCAUCUUGGUUCUCACCUGGGUGUUCUAUAUAGGGGAACAAUGUAAACCUUGUAUAAAUAUUGCGGUAUAAACCCUGGAUGUCUUAGUUUCUUUCAAGUCCUACAAGAUCUGGAAUAGAAAAAUACUCCAUUUACAUCAUCUAGUUUAAUUUUUUUCUGUCCAUUUCAUCUGAAUUUCAU